UGUCCUCGAGAUAGGCAGAUGUGAUAGCCAAUAGGAGGCAGCAUAUAAAAACAGAAAAAAAGAAGUAGCUCUACCAAACUAAUUUACAAAGAGGCAGUUUUAUAUAUACUCUAAAUAUAUACCAGCAUUAUGACUCGCCAUUAAUAAAUUAAGUUAUUCUUAGUCAACACAAUCAUUAGUUGAGUUCUGAAUAAACUUCAGGUCCCAUAGUUCCGUGUUGUUCCUAUUUGUCCUUUGGCUACUACUUCCUCCUGCCUUGCGCAAGCUCAAAUCGUUGUAGAAUGCGGAUUUCGAAGCUAACAAGAAUAGCUAGCCAACAAGCUAAAAACAAGGUUAUUGUCGUUACACUUUAAACGCAUAAGAUGUCUAAAACGCAUUCACAGCCCCCAUCAUCUUCGGCAGCAACGACAACCGGGGGACCAUCCUCCUCCUCUUCGUCUUCGCCCGCUGGGGGCUCGACAUCUCCCGCAACCGUGUUGAACGUACUACCCGAAAAACCUCAACAUUACACAUAUCUGAAGGAGUUCAGAACUGAACAGUGCCCCUUAUUCGUACAGCACAAAUGUACCCAACACAGGCCUUUUUCCUGUUUUCACUGGCACUUCCUAAACCAGCGGCGCCGCAGGCCCAUCAGAAGACGGGAUGGGACCUUCAACUACAGCCCAGACGUGUACUGUACCAAGUAUGAUGAGGGUACGGGCACCUGCCCUGAUGGAGAUGAGUGUCCGUUUCUUCAUCGGACAGCAGGGGACACAGAGCGUAGAUACCACCUCCGAUACUAUAAGACAGGGUCAUGUAUCCAUGAAACAGAUGCAAAAGGCCACUGCAGCAAAAAUGGCUCCCACUGUGCCUUUGCACACGGAUCGCAUGACCUGCGAAGCCCUGUUUAUGAUAUCAGGGAAGUGCAGGUGAUGGAGUCUCAAGGAGGCUCAGGAGCAGCAGAGGGAGGUGGAGGAGAUGGACAGUCAGGACAGGCAGCAAGUACUGCGCUCAUAGAGAAGAUUCUGAGCGAGGAACCUCGUUGGCAAGAUAACAACUAUGUCCUGUCCCAUUAUAAGACAGAGCUCUGUAAGAAGCCCCCUCGUCUGUGCCGUCAAGGUUAUGCCUGUCCGUAUUACCAUAACAGCAAAGAUAGAAGACGAAGUCCACACAAGCACAAAUACAGAGCGCUGCCGUGUCCAGCUGUGAAACAGAGCGAGGAGUGGGGAGAUCCCAGUAAAUGUGAGGGAGCAGAGGGGUGUCAGUACUGCCACACAAGAACUGAGCAGCAGUUCCAUCCAGAGAUCUAUAAAUCAACAAAGUGUAAUGACAUGCAGCAGUGUGGCAGCUGUCCCAGAGGGCCUUUCUGUGCCUUUGCUCAUGUUGAAAAGCCUUUUGUCACUGAGGAACCAACGUUCUCAACCCCCAGCUCCCCUCCACCGCCAAGACCUCCAGACCCGCUUCCUGCCCAGGAGGCUUCAUCAAGUCCAAGCGAACACAACAUUGGGCCAGGGUCCAGCUCUGUUUCAGACCCCUUCUCUCCUUUGGUUGGGUCAUGUGUAGCAGAGCAGGGGCUUCUGGGUAGUGUUUUAUCUCUUUGUGAGGAUGUGAGUGGGGCCGAGCCUCUGUCUCCUUGGGCAGGAGAGGGAGGGUAUGGCAGGGCGCCUGGAUUUGAGAGGGAAGAUCAGGCCAAGCAGAGGAGUUUUGCUCUUGAGCAGCGCCACAGGGAAAUGGCAUCAGCACAAAGCAAACAGGACUUGUUGGUGUUUUUGCCGGUGGGCAGCCCUUUGAGUCUGUCUUCCAGCAUCCCUUCCAGUCUGGCUGCGACCCCGCCCAGCCCUGCCCCUCUCGGACCCCCUGGACCCUGCAUCUCCUCAGGAAUGAACGCCAAUGCCCUGCCCUUUUACCCCACCAGCGAGACUGUAGAGUCAGUUGUUGAGUCGGCUUUGGAUGAUCUUGACCUGAAUGACUUCGGUGUGUCGGCGUUGGAGAGGAGUUUGGAAAGUAGCUCUGCGCUGCCCAGUGUGGGAGUGAUGCUGGGAGGCAGCCAGCUCCAAAGUUCUGCCCCAGUCAAUAUCCCAGGAUCCUUCAGCAGUUCGGCUCCUUUCAGCUCACCUUCACCAUCUCCACCGAUUAGGCCUCAUGCAUCACCGUUCUUCUCCUCACAUCUGCCACAGCCGGGCCAAUCGGAAAGCACUUUUCUGGGACCAUCUCAUAGCUCUUUAGGUUUGAAUGGUAUGAGCACUAAUAUUUGGGAGCACUUUCCCUCAGGCCAGGGCUCUCCUGGUACUCCCCCUGCCCUAUUGUCCUCUGGGCCCUGUGCAGAGACUGUCAGGCUCAAACAGGAGCUGGAGGAGGCUCACAGGGCUCUAAAGCAGUGGGGUCACAGCUGGAGGCACACAGCUCAGUCGUGGGCGGCACUAAAAGCAGACGCAGAGGAGUCUCGAGCUCACGCCACCAGGUUAGCCAUGGAGGCAGAGCGGGCCAGGCAGGCUGAGGAGGAGGCUCAGAGACAGGCCUCUCUCCUGCAGGAGGCGCUGGAGAGUCUAAGGAAUGGAGACAACCCUCAUUUAGCACUGCACCAACUGCAGCUGCUGCACAGACUCCCUCUGGAGUCAGUGCUCAGCCUGCAGGCUCAGCUCUGUACCUGUCUACAUGCUGUGGAACAGGUGGUGUACAGGAAGCAGAGGCAGUGCUGUGUGACGUGUGGUGAGCAGGGCUCGAUUUCGCUGCCCUGCGGACAUGGACUCCAGUGUGAGAGUUGCUCCUCUUCCACAGAGUGCCCCCUCUGCCCUGAACAGACUCUGGAACAGCAGCUCUCUUGACCUCCCAUCCCCGUACCAACCACCACAGACUGAUCCCAGACCAGUACAGUCCUGAUUCUGCAGAUAACCAGCCUUCGAUCUCAGCCGCCAUUCACAAUUCUGUCGAGGUCAUUUUAUAAGACACAAGCAGGUUUUUUUUUUGUACUUUAGAGAUGACGUUUAUUGAGAAUUGAACAUCUUAAGAAGCUGUGGCCGGCAACUAAAAGCUCUUAAUGUAGAAUUCAGAUCCUUCAUUUUUCCAGUAUUACCCAUGGAACACCAGUGCAUUUUAUGAGUUGACGCUCUUGACCAGCAACACUGUUCUUUACCCCUUUUCUUCAUUUCUUAAAAAUAACUCAUAGACCUGCUGUUUUCUUCUCUAGCCCGAACCUGUUCUCAGGUUAUGACCUGUUCUAAAGGGUCAGUCCACUCAAAUGGAUGUAUUACUCCUCGUAUUUGGAAUUUACUUUGUUGAUUUAUCUCAGUACUAUCGGUGUGUUUUGUUGAAGUUUGAAGAUAUCUGCUGUCACUUUAGUAUAACAAACGUCAAGGCUUUUGUGUUUGGCCCUGAGAGAUUUUAACAUGUCAUACAAAUGCUCAGUGUUAGGAUGAAUAAUCUACAGAAAAUCAUCUCUUUAAACAGAAAAACACACUUUACACGAACACUAUGAUUUAAAGGGUUCUUUUGGAUUCAUUGAAGUGCAACAUGCAAAGGUUUAAGUUCUUCAAAGCUACUAUGUGAGACAAAUUUCACUGAACAUCUGUUAGUUUUUUUUCAGACUAAUAUGUUAAAGGUACAAUAUGUAACAUUCAUACAUGCUUGUGUCCUUAGGGUGAGUUUGUGUUGGAGUUUUGUUUAGUGAGUUGGUGAUUUGUUGACGUUGGUGGACUUUUUAAAUAUUUUUUUUGGCAAGGAUAAGGGCAAAAAGUUUAUUCCAGCUUCCUAAAUGUGAAUAUAUUCUGUUUAUUUUUUCUGUAAGACAAGUGAGGACAUCCUCCUUGGCUUUGGGAAGCAUUUUCACUUUGAAAAUAACUGUACAGACUGUUAUCACGGAUGUAGGCAACUGAGAACGACAGGAAAGGUGCAAGUUUUUAGGUUAUGUUAUUGUCGGUUAAUACAUUGGAACAACAACACAAGCACUGUUACACAUUGUACCUUCAGUCAAUAAUAAAAGAUACACACUGGUAGACCAACAACUCCAUAUAAAAUUCACAGAUUUUGGAACUGGGGGCUUUGAAUGAGCAUUUGAGGGUUUUAGUUCCCCAUUGGCAAAGCGAGCUGUUUUGUAGGUGUGACCAGUCCACAGCGGAACAUUGCUACGAUCCUCGUGCCUGAGCGCAUUCUUACUUUUGUAGAUAAUGCACUGACUAGUGGGAAAAUAUUUCAUACAGCCGCACUUUAGAAAUUCAGAACGAACCCUUUAGGUUGACAAAUAAAUCCCUUUUACACAGAAUUACCAGAAGUAAAAUGGCAACAUGAGAAUUAAUGUUUUAAUUGUUUAUUUCAGCCUGAUGAGCCUAAUAUUGCAGAACUGAACUGUUCAAAGUGGCCACAUUGAAGUCUGGAUUGACACAAAUAGACAAAUACCAAUGAAACUAGCUGUGAUGUGUGAAAGCAGACAUCUUCAAACCAACUAUACUAAUGGACAACACUGCAUUUUUUUUUUUUUUUUUAAAGAGCUGUCUUAACAAAAUCCACAGGUCUGACUGCUAACAGCUAAAGGGCAUAUAUUAGUUUCAUUCAGAUAACGUUCAUAUAUUGCUACAGCCAAAGGGGGGCGUUAGACCAGUCAGCUGGUAGUGCUUAUAGGGACUUUCUUUAAUUUUGAUUUUUUUAAAAAUAGUUUUUUAGCUUAAAGAAUUUUAAAAUUGUCAAUGCGUAUCAAUGACAGAAAAUAUUUAAAUAUGUAGUAUUAUUUGUUUGAAUAUACAACAGAUGGUCUCUGUUAAGACACUCAGGUUCUCUUAAUAUUCUUCUUGGUGAACUGUAAGAGGAAAAGCAUGUUAACACAAUCAAGGCAAAUAUACUCAGUCAACUUGUGUAGUCUGAAAUGACACAUUUUUAAAUUUUUACUUUCAAUCGUUUCAUGUUAACUCAAGAAUACAUGUUUUUGUUUAAAGUGGCCCUUUUGCUAUGUUUAAAAAUCAAUAUGGGACAGGUUUUUUUUUUCUGCCAAAAUCUUUACAUUUGUAGUAAUCUUUGACAUUUCACAGUGUGUCAAAUGUAGUCUAAUAUAUAUUAUAUAUAUAAAUAUAUAUAUACAUACAUAGUUACGUGAUGUCAUACUUAUCUCUUGCACUGAUUAGACAAAGCAUCAGGAAGCAGACAGAUUAUGUAAAGCUGUGUGAGGUUUACAUGCAGAUGUGAAAGUGUUCAUGAUCACUGUGAUGGUCUCUGGUAAACUCAUGUUCAGCAUACUGUCCACAUACACACUCAUCCAACACCAGUGUUUGCCUCUGAGUGGAUUUUCUUUUGUUUUUGGUACAGAUCAUUAAAUAAAUUGUAUAUUUUUGG